AUGAGCUUCUACAACUACUACGGCGGCCUGGGCUGCGGCUACGGCUGCGGCUACGGCGGCUACGGCUGCGGCUACGGCGGCUACGGCGGCUACGGCUGCGGCUACGGCGGCCUGGGAUGUGGCUACGGCUGUGGCUGCAGAUACACCUGCUACCGUCCGUGCUGCUAUGGAAGAUACUUCUUCUAA